ACGCUCUAACGAGCGAUUGCUGCACAUGUCUCUAAUUGAUGAUACGAACAAAACAAAUAAUACGAGGUUAUCUCUAACGAGCGAAAUAACUCUCUAAUUAACGAUGAUGCGGAUAAAACGAAUAAUAAUAAUAAUAAUAACAUUGAUAGUGCGGGAAAUGUGAAAAGCUGAUUUUCCCUAAAGUAUAGAAAUUCCAACGAGAAAAAGAAGAAAAUUUGGAGAAAAAUAAAAAAAUAUGCCAGCUAUGACGACGCACGGUGGGGUGCUUUAUUACGUGGUGAAGGUCCCGAAGGAUGGUGAAAAUAGCACCGACAGCGGCUGGGACAAUCCCUUCCGCCCCGGCGGCGAUCUCAGCCGCGAGGCCGACGAAAUCGUCGAACUGAUCAAGGGCGGCAAGCCCAUCACGCCGACGCCCGGCCAACAACCGCCCCCGCUACCGCCCACGCUCGAGCCGCCCGUCGCCGAAUCGCCCGUCGAACGGGCUCCGGCGCCGGCGGGCGUCGCGACGUCGGCGCCGUCGCCGCGCAGCGCCAACGGUACGGCGGCGGCCAAACAGGCGCCGGUCGGCGCCGUCGACGUCCAACGGGCGAUCGUCAAACCGGACGGCGACGGCGCCCAAGCCGACCACCCCUGGGAGACGGUGGCCACUGCAGCCUGGAGGAAGUACCCCAAUCCGCAUAACACGGCUGUAAUCGGUACUGAUGUGGUCGAAAGAAAGGUAGUCGAUGGCGUUUUGCACACCCACAGAUUGGUUAGUUCCAUUUGGUACUUUCCCAAAUGGGCGCAAGCGCUCAUCGGCUCCGCCAAAAUCUGCUACGCCAGCGAGCGCUCCGAGGUGAACCCCUCGUCGCGCCUCAUGGUCCUCAAGACCAUCAACCUGACCUUUUGCCGGCACAUCGCCGUCGACGAGACGUUGCGCUACACCCCCGAUCCAUCGGAUCCCCGCAGGACGCUGCUCAAGCAGGAGGCCGUGGUGACGGUCAAAGGGGUGCCGCUCACCAACUACAUGGAGGACCUGCUCACCAACAAGAUAUCGAACAACGCCGGCAAAGGGCGGCAGGCCAUGGAGUGGGUGAUCAACCGGCUGAACGACGAGGUGAAGGACCUGACGAGGAGCACCGACGAGAUCUUGUGCCAGACGAAGAGGUCGCUGGACGACAUCGCCAGUUCGGCCAAGAAGCAAAUGGGCGAUAUAUCGCAGAAGGCGAAGCAGAGCUUCGACGAUAUGCAUUCGAUGAGGCUUAGUUAAUUCGAUG